ACGAAUUUGACGAAAUAAGGAUGAAAACUGAGGCAGCUUUUAUAUAUUUAGUGGUGUUUUUGUGUAUAUGUUUUACGGGAGAAUGCAGGACUCGAAAUGAAAAGAAGUUGUUGAGAAAAAAACGCUAUAUUGCUUUUCCCGAGGGAGCGGCGUUUUCGGCUGUUUGGUGCCUAACAUCUCAAAUGGGUAUAACAGACAGUGCCUCAAUUUUUUCAGAAGGUAUUAAUUGGGGCUUAGUCUACGACCUACCAAAUGAUACGAGGCCUCUAUUGGAAUACUACGGUGCUUCCCAAAAGAGACGAAAUCGAAGAGAUCUGUACUCAAAAGUGGAGACUUUGUUGCAAUCAAUGGGUUAUAAUGGCAGGACUUGCAUCUUGCGAAGCUUAUGCGAGGCAAGUAGGCAUUUUAAGCCUAGGGAGGAUAGUUUAAUUCACCAUAUCAUAGCAACAAUAUUUAGAUUUCCCACAGAUCCAAUAAUGGCACAUGAACCAGACGAGCAUAGAGUGUAUCACUGGGCAGCAGAACUUGGUAGUAAUAACUUACAGAAAAAUAAUAUGAGGCAAAAUGACGACUGUUCUGAUAUAUUUCCAUGCCCAUUUUCCCUAAUAGAUAUGGCUUUAGGGCAUUAUUCUGGAGCAUACGGUAUUGACGAAAAAAAUGUUAAUUGA